CAUCAUCACCAUCCUAACAAAACCUUUUUUACAAGGCUUCUCAAAAACCGUUAAGUAGUUGUUGCAACUUGCAAGGAUCACCUAAACAAAUUAUACCGAAACUUGCACAAUUGAAUUCCAAUAUUUUAAAAACAUUUUUCUUUUGUCAUUUGAAGCAUAUAAAAUGGUUCUGAAUUCUGAUAUAGGUGGGUGGAACAGAGUCUUCCCCCAUAUAGCAAAUCCCUCAACGGCUCUAGAAAUACGUUUUAAGCUUCACGAGGAAUAAGAAGAUUAGGAAUAUAUGGGCUUAAAGCAGGCCUGAACUAAAUUAAAGGCCCAACUAAAAGAGAGGAAACAAAUCUCGAUUUGCUUUCUCUGGUGAGCGUGUCUUCUUCCGAUCGUCUUCUCCGGCUGCGUGAAUUCUCCGCCGAGCCAUCUCUCUGGCGAAUCUCCAGUGAGUUCUAUUAUUUUCACUCUGUCUUUUAUGCUUCCCGUGAAAGGGAUUUUUUUAUUUCUCUCCCUCAGAUUCUCCUUGUCGCCACCAACUCAUUCGUCUCCCUACCCAUUUGUGGCCACUGGAUUUUUUGUAUUGACCUUUCUUUUUUCCUCAUGAAUCAAUUGAAAUCUACUGUUAAGCAUUUGACGAUUUUGGACAAAUUGGUGGUGAUUUAGGAAUAACACGGUUGUGGUGGUGGCGGCUACUUCAACGUGACGAUGACAGAUUAGUUUCUAGUGAUGACAGAUUAGUUUCUAGUGGUCGCAGAGUUAUUUGGUAGUGAUGACAUAGUUGUAUUCUAAUGAGAACAGAUUGUUUUAUGGCGGUAGACGGAUUUGUUUUUGAUUAGAAACCCUAAUUUUAGGAAUCUGUUACUGAUUUUGCUUAGUUUUUGAUUUGGAUAUGUAGAGAAUAAUGGCUACAGCUACAUAUCCACCUCCUCCUCCAUAUUACAGACUCUACAAGGAUUUCUCAGAAAACACUGAUUCUGCUCCUGAACCUCCUCCUCCGAUUGAAGGCACCUACGUCUGUUUUGGAGGCAACUAUACUACUGAAGAUGUUCUUCCAAGCUUAGAAGAACAAGGAGUGCCUCAACUUUAUCCAAAAGAUUCUAAUCUUGAUUACAAGAAGGAACUCAGGUCACUGAAUAGAGAACUACAGUUACAUAUAUUGGAGCUUGCUGAUGUUCUUGUUGACAGACCUUCUCAAUAUGCGAAGAGAAUUGGUGAAAUUUCUUCAAUCUUCAAGAACUUGCAUCACCUUCUCAAUUCCUUGAGGCCUCACCAAGCGAGAGCAACGCUUAUUCACAUUAUGGAACUUCAAAUUCAACAGAGGAAACAAGCUGUGGAAGACAUUAAGAGGAGGAGAGAAGAAGCACAAGGACUUCUUAAGGAUGCUUUCGUCACUUUAGAUGGUCAAUAAAGUAUACUUUUUGUUAAUCCCAUUUUGUGUAAAUUAGCGCUAAUAACCUAUGCCCUCGAAACUUUUUUUAAUUGAUCCUGUGUGUGUGAGAGAGAGAGACAGACGUGUGCAAUCUCAUGAUUCAACAAGUAAAGCCUAUAUCAUCUUUAUUCAAUGUUACCCGUGAACCGGCAUUUAGUUCCGCCGGUUAGUGCGGUUCAACAUUUAUUAUUACAAUUUCGGCUUAACGGGAACUAUUAUAACCAUAACGGAUUCAUAAGAAGAUUAGACCAAUAUGGGCUUAACGCAGGGCUAAACUAAAUUGAAGACCCGACAGUUU